CCCGCAUGGGUUUCUGGGACACUUCCAAUAUGGCGACGGCAUUUUUAUCCAUCAUAGCUGAUUACCAGGAUGAUGACUCCGACACGGAAGAUAAACAGGAUCCAGACCAGCAGAUACAAGGCAGUCACCUUCGUGGGAAAUUCACAGUUUCUGAGGAUGGUCUUUGCCCCCGCUGCAGAACAUCUGAUGUGGUUUUUGUUAUCCUGGAUGAACUGUUUGCCCUGGGUGACAUGCCAGAGAUACUUCACACUCUCAUAGCGAAAGGGAAAGCUGUCCUGUGGUCCAGUCAAGAUAAGCAUGGCUGCAAGGCUCCACCCACUUUUCUAUGUCGUGGCUUUUGCCCCCCUGACCCUCUGGGUGCUGGCUUUAAUGUCGAUUGGCACAAAGUUUCUUUGGAAAGCAUUUUUCUCUCAGAAGACCCCAACAGUCACAUGGAGGCAGUCACUAGUUAUACCCCAGAGGGAGCCCAUGGUAUCUCCCAAGAGUCUUGGACUGUUGUUGAUGAGGAAAGUUGUGAGGAUAAUGCAGUAAGCCCUUUGGAGCCUGAAGAGUCAACUGCUGAGUCAGAUCAGGGUGAAAAAGAGGCCAGCGAUAAUGAUGCUGAUGAAAAUCCAGAUGAUGAUGAUGAUGAUGAUGACGUUGAUGAGGAAGAACUCAUCAGACAAAUGCUCGCAAAGGAACAAGAAAAAAUCCAAAAUGAAGCUUUACAGACUGUGCAUUAUUAUUAUUCUAAAUCGUCAACUAGUGACACAGCAACUGCAACAACGUCAAGUAAUAUUGCAUCAUCUUCCAGUCAUCACCCUGUCGUGAGUACAACAACAACAUCAGAUGAUGCACCAUCAUCAUCUGAUCAGUAUCCCGUCUCGAGUGAUGGUAGCUGCCCCCACUGUUAUUCCUUUAAUGUCAAGUACAUCAUCGUGGUGUCACCGGGCAUGAGAGAUACUGACCUACCGCCCACGCUGCAGCUGUUGUUGAGGAGGCAGCAGGCCUUUAAAAUGGCAAAAGGUUCAAGUGAACCCCCAUCCUUUCAAUGCCAAAGCUGCCAGUUUGGCUUCAACCUAGACUGGUCAAAGACAAACUUGGAGCUCAUCUACGACAUUGACCCAAGCAGUGCUCAGGCUGCAGAGAUGGCAACAGUGUCCUCACCUACAACAACCACCACACCAUUGUACGAUACAACAGCCACACCAUUGUACGAUACAACAGCCACACCAUCGUACGUUACAACAGCACCUGUGUACUCAUCAGAAACCACCACAGCAGCAUCAGCUUACCCGUCAUCAUACACAGCAGCAUCUGCGUACCCGUCAUCCUACACAGCGGCAUCUGUGUACCUGUCAGAGACCACUACAGCAGCAUCUGCAUAUCCGCCAUCAUAUACAGCAGCAUCAGUGAGCACAAGCACAGAGCCCUAUUAUUAUUAUGACCCCCAUCAAGCACCAGAAUCAGACAUGUCUUACCAAACAGCACCAGGAUAUCCACCACCACAGUACAUGCCACACCCUAGGAUGCGACCUCCCACAAGAAUACCACCUCCUGGAAUGGGUCCUCCCCCACGGAUUCCACCACCCCCCAUCAGGGCACCCGUAGAUGUGUACCCACCACGAGCGCCUCAAGGAGCUUCCCAAACACCACCUUAUCCUGGCUCCCAUUAUUCAAGGGUUCCUCCACCAGAUGGACCAUACACAAGAGCUUUACCUCCUGGAGAACCUUAUGCUAGAAUGCCCCCUCCAGGAGCAACUCACCCAAGAGUACCCUCUCCAGGAGCAUCUCACCCAAGAGUUCCCCCUCCAGGAGCACCUCACCCAAGAGUUCCCCCUCCAGGAGCAUCUCACCAAAGAGUUCGCCCUCCAGGAGCACCUCACCCAAGAGUGCCCCCUCCAGGAGCACCGCACCCAAGAUUUCCCCCUCCAGGUGCACCUCACCCAAGAGUGCCCCCUCCAGGAGCACCACACCCAAGAGUCCCACCUCCAGGUGCACCUCACCCAAGAGUGCCUCCUCCAGGAGCACCUCACCCAAGAGUGCCCCCUCCAGGAGCACCUCACCCAAGAGUGCCCCCUCCAGGAGCACCUCACCAAAGAGUGCCCCCUCCAGGAGCACCUCACCCAAGAGUACCCCCUCCAGGAGCACCGCACCCAAGAGUGCCCCCUCCAGGGGCACCUCACCCAAGAGUUCCCCCUCCAGGAGCACCUCAUCCAAGAGUGCCCCCUCCAGGGGCACCUCACCCAAGAGUUCCCCCUCCAGGAGCAUCUCACCCAAGAGUUCCCCCUCCAGGAGCACCUCAUCCAAGAGUGCCCCCUCCAGGAGCACCUCACCCAAGAGUUCCCCCUCCAGGAACACCUCAUCCAAGAGUGCCCCCUCCAGGGGCACCUCACCCAAAAGUGCCCCCUCCAGGAGCACCUUAUCAAAGACUGCCCUAUUCUGGAGCAUAUCAUCCAAGAUUGCCCCCUCCUGGACCACCCUAUCAAAGAGUGCCCCCUCCAGGAGCACCUAUUCAGAGGGUUCCCCUUCCUGAAACACAUCAUCAAAGAGUGCCCUAUUCUAGAGCAACUCACCAUGGGGAACCCAGCCCAAGAAUUCCUACAGUGACCCCAAGAGUUCCUUUCUCGCCUUUAGCAGAAAGUCCACAGAAGUCUCCUUUGGAGCCAGUCACAGCUACUCAGACGACACCACCUGUGGCACCUAGAGUGCCACCCCCUUCCCCCAGGAUGCAACCCCCUGCCUCAGGAAGUGCAGCCCCUCCCAAUGCUGACGGCGGAAACUCACCAGCCCCCUACUAUCCGCCACACCCAGGGUACAGCCUCAGAGCACCGCGGCAGACGCCUCCUGGCUAUGGGCCUAACUGGUAUCCACCGCCUGGCCCUACUAGGCAUCCUCCCCCGGCCAGAGGUACAUCAGGGUAUGCUACAGGCUACCAACACACCUAUGGUACAGAGCCAAGCUGGGAUACAACCUCAUCGUCAUCCUAUUAUGGAUAUGAUAGUAGCUAUCCUCAGCCAUACUUUUCACAAACUGAUCCACGUAUUCCUCCGCCACCAUUCGCGCAAAGAGGCUACCACCACCCUCCCCAUCGCCUGCCGCCUGGUCCUGCCCACUUCCCCCCACCUGUAGCACCCCAAGGCAACCAAUACCACCCUCCAUCCUCCAGUGCUUCUCACUGGUCUGCUGGUACAGCGGAAGACACCACAGCAAGCUUCAGCAGCAGUAUUACUACCCAUACCACCUCCACAACCAAGACAAUACCUACCGAGGGAACAGAUGCAUGGGUAGAGGAGAACACACACAGCGAGGGAAGCAACGAAGCAGCAAUGCCUGUCCAGGAUGACAAUGAGAGAGCCAAAAAGGAUGCGGACCGGUUCGAGGAUAUUCUGAAUCGUAUUGAUCAGGCACGAGGUGAUGACAGUGGAGACAACACCAUGAAGGCGUAUCUGCAGAAGCUGCAAUGGGCGGGGCAAGAAGAGGAAGGAGCCCAUGAGCCGGAACCAAACUCACUGAGCGAAGAGCAUGGAGAUCUCCUGAGCUAUGAUGAGUUCCCCCCAGGGGUGGAUCCACCCGCCCCUCCCCCCAGUGCUACCUCUGCAGCUGAUGCUGGUCUCACCGCUGGCACUGAUUCUGAUGCUGCUGCUGAGGCAGAAGACACGUCCUCACACCCAAGUGAUAAGAUGCCUCAUUACACGGCGGACGAUUAUGACGACAAAACAUCCAACAAACAAGACAUACAAAACAGGCAAACUGGUCAAUCUAACAGAUGUGCCGCAACCACUGGAGAUGAUAAAGAAGAGGAGGAAUCUGACGAGGAAUUUGUCACGCCAGUCCAGAGCCUUUCCGACCUGACUGCCGUGGAAGCAGAUACCGAAGAUGCUCCCUCCCCUGUAAGAGGAAGGGGACGUGGACGAGGAGGGCGUAAAUCUGCCCGAGGCGCCUCGAGGAAGCGAGGUUCACGUGCUCGAGCAGAAGAGUCUGCCGCCGAUACAGGAGAAGGACUAAGUAGCCCUGCUAUACGUGGCCGUGGUCGAGGAAAGGGCAGGGGUGAGGUCGGCUCUAAACAGAGAGGGGGUCUUGGUAGAAGUGGUGACAAAUCACCCGUGAGGAUGGAGCAGGAGUCCCCUCCAAGAAGUGCGGCGUCCCCGCCGGCUAGAGGAAGAAGAGGGCGAAAACGUGUGGGGGAAGACAUAUCAGGAAAUGAGCAGUCGCUGGAAAAAGAAAUAGAAAAAGAGGAACCUUCGCAAAGCUCGGCUAAUUCAAAAAGCCCAUCACCAGAACACCAGGCAGCAGACCGUGAAGGGGAGCACGGUAAUGAAAAGGCAUCGGUGAACACAGCUCCCACUAGCCCCACUAGGAAUGCUAAGAGGGGGAGGGGGCGAAGGGGUAGACCCCCUGGAGGAAGGCGUACUGCACAAAGGACCAAUAUAGAUGCCCAGGAUGAGCCUGGUGCAUUGGAUAAGGAAGAAGACAUUGAUGGUGACAACCUCGGGGCAGAAGAAGUACUGCCAAUCCCUCCAAGCCCAACCCUAGAGCCUGCCAGUAAUAGGAAACCCCGAGGCCGAAAACUUAAGUCACUGACGCAAAGCUCGGAGCAGGCAAACGUUACAGAGUCUGAACAGGGUGUAUCAGACAGCGAGCCGAGUCACGCCAAAGAAUCGGCGAGUGGGCGUGGCAGCGUUCAAGCCAAGAAGAGACGUACAAGCUCUGGUGUUCCACCAAGAGCAGGGGAGCACCUUAAGGCGAUGAUCGAGGGGGGACCUGAUGCCAUGGGAGACGAGACUACAGGAAGCUCUGCGCUGGUAGAGGGAGGGAUUACCAACCCAGAAACACCCGAUGACAGGGUGGAUGGAAAAGAUAAUAUUGCCUCGAAGCAGAAUAGCCACAGGACUACUACCCGAGGCCGAGCAGGCUGGGGUAGACCAGUGGCGCAGGCGCAGUCAACUGAGGAGGAUAUUGCCGGGUCAGACCCGGAGACACCUUUGCGUAGAGCGCGAGCAACUCGCAACCAGAAACAACGAGACGCCUCCCAAGACUCCAUUUUGGACCACGCUGAAGAAAUCCACGAGCGACCAGAAACCACAAAACUAAGGCAAAAACGGAUGCACACGAGCGCAGAGCCCGCAGACGCAAAGAGGUCCACAAGGCGUACUAGCAGACAGGGGCCGGUAGAGAGCAGUUUAGGCGAGAGCUCAGAGCUCGAAGGUACUGAUACAAUAGAGGCAGAUGGCGAGGAUAGCGACGAUAGUGACGUUAUUUUAGAGAAGCCUUCUCCCGUCAAGGUUACAAAGAGAGCGUCGCGAAGAACUCCACGCGCCAAGAGGGGAAGGCGAUAGAUUGUUUGGAUCAAUCUACCAGUCUCGGGUACACACGCUUUGAUGAAGUCUUCUCUUUAUUGAUUCACAAAAAUGAGCUAAGUUUACCUAACAGCUGGUUGUGCUUAAAAUGACCAGGGGCGUAAUCGUAUGAUACCGGAGAAUGCGGCUGUUUAUACUAUGUGUUUCACAAGUUGUUGUUUUGUCCUUUGCAAUUCCCCAUAAAAACCCGUGGUGAUGAUAUUCUGCCCACUAGCACUGAAAUCCUGUAAAUAAAAGAUUUUAAUACUU